CCUACUUAUAGCCGCACUUGUGAGAGGGAGACAGGGCUACAUGGGAACCUAUUAGAUAACCAAUUCUCCUGCUGGCCGCCUCACAGGAGGAGCGUGAGCGAGCGAGCGAGUGAGUGAGGGAGAGAGUGUACCUGCGAUGGUGGACACACAGGAAUUUCAUUCAAACCCAGCCCUGCAAGUAACAGACAUGGCUUACAGGAAAGUGCGUGCAGGCCAUGGCUCUCUCCGUGUGCGGGAUCUGGAGAAUGAGGAGCUCCACACGGCUUCCCUGGAGCUGGAAUGGGACAUGGAGAAGGAGCUGGAGGAACCAGGUCUGGACCGCUUCCAGCUGGAGUGUGUGGAGCAUCAGCCCGUCAGCAGCUCUUCUGGCGGGACCAUGGACCCAGACUUGGAACCAAUUCAACCAUCCGUCUCCCCUCAUGGACGCUUCGAGAGGCUCCAGGAGGACCCGAAUUACGUUACUCGAUUCAGCCGGACGGUUCCCAAGGGUCAGAGACGGAAUUGGACCUGUGUGGCCAAAUACCUGCUAGCAGGAGUAUGUGUGUUUGCUGCAGGACUCCUCAUUGGACGAUACACGUUCAGCAGGGUGCAAAUGAAGGUAGAGCCGAUUGCAGACACAGAUGUACUAGAGAAGAUUGUUCAGGGAAUCACAGCAGAAAAGAUACAGGCACUGCAGAGGGACUUUGACAGCUUGUCAGAUCUUAACGAAGAGUCCAAGGUCAAAUAUAUUGCACAGCGGUGGAAGGAGAUUGGCUUAAAAGACGUCCAAGUUACCAAACACAUGGCCCUUCUGAGCCACCCUGGACCCGUUCUCAGCACCAUUGUUGAUAAGAGUGGAAACCAGUGCUAUCUGCCUAGCGGAGCGAGAUGUGAGAAGCAGUUCACAACCAUAAGUGAGGCUUUUGCCUUUGCGGCCUACUCUGCAGUGGGGAAUAUUGUGGCUGAGGUGGUGGAUGUUCAGUAUGGGAGCCCUGAGGAUUUGAGACUAGUCCAAGCUAGUACAAAUGUGACCAAUAAAAUUGCACUGUUGAAACUCGGAGGAGCACCUUUGCUUUACAAGCUGUCUCUGUUGGUAGAGCUGGGGUUUGCUGGCUGUCUUCUUUAUGUGGAUCCUUGUGAUGGCUCAUUUGGUUAUAAAACCUUUGGGGUGACACUGAACCCAGGUGGAAACCUGCCUUUUCCAAAAGGCCCCAAAGUCGUUGGCAGAGACAAUCUCUACAACCUGACAUCAUUGCUGGUUCAGCCUAUAUCUGCCUCGUUGGCAAAAACGCUGCUCUCUGCCUCCGCCAUGGGGCAAGGAAGACCCUGCGUCCCUAUGGCCAUGCCCUCCACAUCAGCACGAAAAAUCAUAAAUCUCACCAUUGAAAACCAGGUAUCCUUCAAGGCGGUGCACAAUGUAAUGGGAUAUCUCAAAGGCAAGACCAAUCCAGAUCGAUAUGUCCUGGUUGGCAGUCGUCAUGGCAGCUGGUAUGAGGGUGCGUUGGCGGACUGGGGGAACGGUUCUGCAGUCAUGACUCAGAUCAUUGCCUUCAUGAUGGCUCAAACCCGUGUAGGCUGGCGGCCAGACCGUACCAUCGUCUUCUGCUCCUGGGGGGGGACCUCUCUGGGCAAUAUUGGCUCCUAUGAGUGGGGAAAGGAGAAUGCACUGGUGCUACAGAGCAGGGCAGUGGCUUAUGUCAGCCUGCACAGUCCUGUGACAAACUCUGGAUCCCUGCAGGCCACAGCGUCCCCUUCCCUUCUGCAGCUGGCAGGGGAAAUACAAAAGAAACAUUCUGUGAGCUGCAGCAGAGGAGCUGGAUGCUCUGUGUCCAGUGUCAGCUCACUGCAGACUCCUGGAGAUGCCCAUUUUUUCUCCAAUCAGCUUGGAGUCCCUACAGUGGAGUUCACAUACUCAGAGGUCCCUAAAACAGAGAGAGCGCUUUUUGUCUCUGAGGCCUUUUUUCCUCCCGAGUCUUCAUUAGGAGAAACCUUGGAUCCAGCCUUCAAACUCCAUGAAACUAUUGCCAAGAUAACAACUGAGGCCAUCCUACGGCUUGCUACAGAUCCUGUUCUUCCAUUUUGCCCUUUGGAUGUAGCUCUGGAUGUCCAGAACAAACUCAAAGAUGAAACACUGAGAGGGCCCGACCUGCUAAACGUGGCUGCAUCUUUGAGGGAAAACUCAACCUUCUUUCAGUCUGAGGUCAUGCGUCCUGCCAAUGACCCUAAAGAGAGAGAUCCUGCCCAUAUCCGCAUGCUCAACGAUGUCCUCCGAGAUCUGGAAAAAAGCUUUCUUAUACCAACCCCACCUGCUGGCUUUUACAGGAAUAUUCUCUAUUGUUUGAGCAGACAAACUCCACGCUUCUCUAUCCUAAAGGAUGCCCUGGAGGUUUCCUGGCACAACAGCAUCAGCCAUUCCCAGAAUCUGGUAUACAGCGCCAUCAGUUCAGCUCAGAAACUUGUGCAAAGUGGACUCGACCUGUUUGAAAAUGAAAAUGACAACCUAGAAUGACAUCUGAGGGAACGCACCACAAUGGUGUCAGAAUAUGACCUAAACACCUGGAUCUUCUAGCCAAUACAAACUUUCUGCAGGAAACUUCAGAAAGGAUCGUUAUUAAGUGCACUAUUAACAAGAGGAAUCUCUUCAGGCUAAUUCCAAGUUACUGUUUUUAUUCCUCUAAUGACAUUCAAAAAUGACAUGGUUUUUAACGUUAAAUAAGAGUCUGGGAGCUAAACUCUAUAACAAGGAGGAUCGAGAGUUUUUGUUUUGGGGAAAAACACCAGCAGGUUUAUCACUGUUUCCAGUCACAUAAACCCCAGAGGACAACUGGAAACUGAGACUCAAGACAGGUUUGUUUAUUGAAACUUGAUGUUUGAAACAUGUUUCACAAUAAAAAAAAACAAAACACCUAAACUAGCCCACCAUUUUACAAGUGGCAAGCAAUGACCUAUGGAUAAGGGGAAAUGCUGGGAAAUGCUUACAUGGAGUCAAACUUCAUAAUGCAGAACUUGAUGAUAUAUGUUUAAAGUCACCAUGAAGUUUCUUUCCUAUUUUACCAUACAUCUAUGUGAAGGUCUUCUUGAACAAUAGAAAGUGUCGGAUGAAACUUAAUUUAGUCCAUUAGGACAAUCAACGUUCCAAUAUAAUCCUGUUUUGGAGCAAUCUAUAUAAAAAUUGCACUCUCAGAAAUAAAGGCACAAAAGCUGUCACGAGAAUGGAACCCUUUCAAUUUUGUACUUGUUAGUAGUUAAAGGGUCUAUACUGGUACUUUGAAGUUAAAUAUUAGAACAUAAUGAGUCCAUAUUGUACCUUAAAGGUACAUGUUAGUACCUGAAAACCUUUUUAAAGGGUAAAGCCUGAGACCCCAUUUACACUAAUACAUUUUAGUUUUAAAACAGUGUUUUAGAACGAAAACAAUCUACAUCCACACUGGUGUUUCACCUAGUGUUUAUGAAAAGUUCUCCAUCCAUAUACUGCUGAAAGCGCACAUCACGUGACCACACACACUAAGGCAUGCGUUGCUGCGUAUGUGAAUGUCUGAGCUCCAGGCAGUUAGCAGGGGCUUUGAGCACAAAACCCCUGGUGAGAGCUGCGCACGUCGGACAGUUCCUCAAGGAUCUACCACUGGAUAUAAUCUUACUAUAUUUGUUAAACUAGAUUCAAUUCAUCUUGUUGUCUAUAUCUAACGACAUAUUCCCAGACUUUGGUCUUUUGAAUCCAUUACUUGUUAACGUGUUUUGGCUGAGCGCAAAUAUAAGUUAAUAUAUAAAUUUGUGUA